AUCACCACCAAGAUGGCUGACGCUAUGGAGGAAUAUGAGAAAGAGGCUGGCUGCGUCCCUAUUCUCCAUCCCGAGGAAAUCAAACCCCAGAGUCAUUACAACCAAGGCUACAGUGAGAAUGUCAGCCGUAAAAACCAUGUGGAUGACUACAGCACCUGGGACAUUGUCAAAGCCACACAGUACGGCAUCUUCGAGCGCUGCAGGGAGUUGGUGGAGGCGGGCUUCGAUGUUCGGCAGCCAGACAAAGAAAACGUAACGCUCCUCCACUGGGCCGCCAUCAACAACAGGAUAGAUUUGGUCAAGUACUACAUAUCAAAGGGAGCCAUAGUGGACCAGCUGGGAGGAGACCUCAACUCCACACCUCUGCACUGGGCCACCAGACAAGGCCAUCUAUCCAUGGUGGUGCAGCUCAUGAAAUAUGGAGCGGAUCCGUCUUUGAUCGAUGGCGAGGGCUGCAGUUGCGUUCAUCUGGCCGCCCAGUUUGGCCACACCUCCAUCGUGGCCUACCUAAUCGCUAAAGGACAGGAUGUGGACAUGAUGGAUCAGAACGGCAUGACUCCUCUGAUGUGGGCGGCUUACAGGACACACAGCGUGGAUCCCACCCGGCUGCUACUGACCUUCAACGUGUCUGUCAACCUGGGCGACAAAUAUCACAAGAACACAGCGCUGCACUGGGCCGUGCUGGCCGGCAACACCACUGUCAUCAGCCUGCUGCUGGAUGCCAAUGCUAACGUCGACGCACAGAACAUCAAGGGUGAAACACCGCUAGAUCUUGCCAAGCAAAGGAAGAACGUUUGGAUGAUCAAUCACUUACAGGAAGCACGGCAGGCCAAAGGCUACGACAGCCCAUCCUACCUGAAGAGACUGAAGAUGGACAAGGAGUUCAGGCAGAAGGUGAUGCUAGGAACACCCUUCCUGGUCAUCUGGCUAGUUGGUUUCAUCGCUGACCUAGACAUUGACUCCUGGCUGAUCAAAGGCCUCAUGUACGCCGGCGUCUGGGUCACCGUGCAGUUCCUCUCCAAGGCUUUCUUCGACCACUCCAUGCACAGCGCUCUCCCUCUGGGAAUCUAUCUGGCCACCAAGUUCUGGAUGUACGCCACCUGGUUCUACUGGUUCUGGAACGAUCUACCCUUUGCCACUGUUCAUGUGCCCUUCCUGAUAAACACCCUGGCUCUGUUCUACAACUUUGGCAAAUCCUGGAAGUCUGACCCAGGAAUUAUCAAAGCGUCAGAGGAGCAGAAGAAAAAGACAAUUGUGGAGCUGGCAGAGACAGGCAGCCUGGAUCUGAGCAUAUUCUGCAGUACCUGCUUGAUACGGAAGCCCAUCAGGUCCAAACACUGCGCCGUGUGCAACCGCUGCAUCGCCAAGUUCGACCACCACUGUCCCUGGGUGGGGAACUGUGUCGGAAGUGGGAAUCACCGCUACUUCAUGGGUUAUCUGUUCUUCCUGCUCUGCAUGAUCUGCUGGAUGAUGUACGGCUGCAUUUCCUACUGGAGGAUCCACUGUGCCACCAGUUACGCCAAGGAUGGUUUCUGGCUCUAUCUGACCCAGAUCGCCUCCUGCUCUCCCUGGAUGUUCUGGAUGUUCCUCAACAGCGUGUUCCACUUCAUGUGGGUGGCCGUGCUCAUCAUGUGUCAGCUCUACCAGAUCGCGGCUCUGGGGAUCACCACCAACGAGAGGAUGAACGCUCGGAGAUACAAGCACUUUAAAGUCACAGCCACAUCCAUCGAAAGUCCCUUCAAUCAUGGCUGCAUCAGAAACCUCAUAGAUUUCUUCGAGAUCCGCUGCUGCGGUCUGAUCCGGCCCGUGGCGGUGGACUGGACCACGCAGUACACAAUAGAAUACGACCAGACGUCUGGCUCGGGCUACCAGCUGGUGUAGAGGAGAAAGAGGAGGAUGAGGAGGAGGAAGAAGAGGGGGCGGAGCAGGGUGGAGUCGAGUGUCGCCCGGUGGAGUUUGGAAGCAUCACCCUCCCCGUCCCCCUCCCCCGGCGUUCAUAUCGGAGCGAUGCUGUUCUCGGGAGCGCUUGCUUUUUUUCGGACCAUCUCUCCCUCACCGAUCAAAAGACUUAGACAAAAAAAAAAAUCAGCCAGGACUAGCAUGCUGUUACGGGGCAACACCACACCUACACACACACCCCCACCCCCCACCCCCCCGCCCUCACCACCUUCACUACUAUUACUACUACUACUAUUCUACAACAUCAGACUUCUUUACUGUACCUCCACUGCUAUCCCACCCCUCCACCUCAUCUCUUCUCCUGAGCCCUUUGGACGGUGCGUUGCUGCCAGGCACGAAACGGAGAGGAGAGAGGCUGAUGGACGAGAGGAAUUACAAAAUAAAAGCUCUUCUGUUUGUACCGGAGACGUGACGCUGCGGAGACAGCAGCGCCGUGAAGUGGCAGUAUCGCUCUUUACCCUCCCUACUUUAUAUCCUUAUUUAUGGUGUCCCUGUUGAUGUGCCCUGUAUGUAUGUUUUUUUUUUUUUGUUUAUUUGAUUGGUUCAGGAACUGUUGUUCCUGUGUUAAAUAACUGAGGUGGCCAGGAAAGCUGAAGGAACGUUUCUUUUUUUUUAAAACCAUGAUUUGUUUCUAAGUGACAGAAAUAAGGGAAUGUGUUUUUAAGGUUUUUGAUUUUGCACCGUGAUGAAUUAGCUGAUGAGGAUUUGCCAAGAACUUAUCAGAGGAAAGGUGUGUCGCAGGUGGAGCCGCUGGAAGAGUCCCAACUUCUCACCUGCUGAAAUAAAACUGCAAGAUAAAAUUUUCGGAGUUAUCCAAGUGAAAGUUAUAACCUAAAAAACAGUUGUUGUGCAGUAUUAACGCGGGAUUAAGUGCAUGAAUCAUGACUCCUUCAGCAGCGACCACCGUAGACGCAACAGAAAAUAUCCUACAGACAAUGUGAUACAGGUAUAUUUAUUUUAAAACUAUUUAUAGAUAAAGUAUGUUCUAGCGCCAUCAUUUUUACAUGUCACAUCAUUUUAGCUGAGUAGGUUUUUAUGAGAAAAUAUGAAACGAGUACCUGUAGCUGUUUUAACAUGGAAGCCCGGGAACUUCACAGACUGUAUAGACAGGUACAGCGAGCGUAUUUAUUAACAGCAGAGUAUAAGAAACAGAACGCAGCAGACGGACGGACGAGUUUACAAGAAAGGUUCAUUCCAUGUGUUUUUCUCAGAAAGCUGUAAAGUCUUAUUUGUUUUUGUUUUUUGUCUGCCUACAACAUUGCACUGAUCUUUUUUUUUUUUUUUUUUCUUUAGUUAUUUGUUGUUGUUUUUUUUGGCUGUUACUGAACACAAGGGCCCAGCGGCACCGCUCCACACCAACGCUUCCAUUGUUUACAGAGAGGAGGAGGAGGAGGAGGAGGGGCCCAUCAGACAUGGCUGGCUCCCAUCACUUCCUGUCUGGACCCCCCGCAGUUAGCAGCAGCAGCAGGAUGGACUGAAGUGUAAAGAAUGUGCACCUGUACAUAAACAGUAUCUUUCUGUAUUUUUUUUUCUUUUCGUCAGUGUUAGUCAAAGGUGCUCCUUGAUUU